AUGCAGGCUGAUAAUCGAAAAAGAGCACCAGCAUGGACCGUGAGGGAGGUACUGGAUCUGAUCGCUGUAUGGGGAGAGGAUUCAGUGCUUGCAGAACUUCGUUCUAAAAGACGAAAUGCAAAAACUUUUGAAAAAAUCUCCAAGGGCAUGAUGGAGAGAGGCCACAAUAGGGACUCUGAGCAGUGCCGCGUGAAAGUCAAGGAGCUCAGACAAGCGUAUCAAAAAACAAAGGAGGCAAACGGUCGCUCCGGGUCAGAGCCGCGGACAUGCCGCUUCUACGCCGAGCUGCAUGCAAUUCUAGGGGGGGCUGCCACCACUACCCCACCUGUGAUCGUGGAUUCUGGGUCGGGGAUAGUCUCAUCAGCGACGCCUGAGGAUUCUGCCAAUGGGGGAGAGGAGGAGGAUGAGGAUGAGGAUGAGCUUGCAGAGAGCACACAGCACUCCGUUCUCCCCAACAGCCAGGAUCUUUUUCUCACCCUGACUGAAGUACCCUCCCAAGCCUCCCAAGCCAGUACCCAAGACUCUGACCCCAUGGAAGGGACCUCAGCAGCUGCAAAUUCCUCAAGCCUCCCUCCUCCAUCCCGAAGGUUAUCACAGAUAAGGCGUCGUAAGAAGAGAACGCGAGACGAGAUGUUUUCUGAAAUUAUGGAAUCCAGCCGCAGUGACAGAGCUCAUCUGAAUGAGUGGAAGGAAACAGUUUCAAAGUAUAGGAAAGAAGCCAGUGAACGUGAGGACAGGAGGGACCAACGUGAGGACAUGAGGGACCAACGUGAGGACAUGAGGGACCAACGUGAGGACAGGAGGGACCAACGUGAGGAGAGGAGAGACGCUCGAGAUGAGAGGUGGCGGCAGGAAGACCAGAGGAGGCAGGAUGCAACGCUGGGGCUGCUGCGUGAGCAAACAGACAUGCUCCGGCGUCUGGUGGAGCUUCAGGAACGGCUGCUGGAAAACAGACUGCCGCUUCAGCCCCUGUUCCACCCUCCCCCCUCCCCAUGUUCCGUAUCCUCCUCACCCAGACGUGUAAGAACACGGGGGGGGGGAGGCUCCGUACACCUUCCCAUUCCACCCCAGUAGACAGCCCAAGCAAAAGGCUGUCAUUUUUUUAACCUUUUCUUUGUGGCUUUUUCCUUCCCAGCAAUCCUCCUCCCAAAUACCACCCGGGUUCCCUCCCUCUUUUUCUAAUCUAUUAAUAAAGAAUAAAUUAUUUUU